GGGCAGUGGCGCUGGUGGACCGCUUCUCCUCGCGCCUUUCCCGCUCCUCUCCGGCGCAGUCCCGGCUCCAGCCCGGCUUUUCCGGAGCCCACCGCCCUCCCCUCCGUCCAGGGGUCCCGUGCACCCCUGCAGCGGCUUCGCAGGCCCGGCCAAAGCACCUCAGGACGAGGAGCAACAGCGCGGUCCGCGGGCGAUGGCUCCCUGGCUCGGGCUGGUCGUGCUGCUGGGUAGCUGGAGCCUGGGGCCCUGGGGCGCCGAGGCGUGCACGUGCUCGCCCAGCCACCCCCAGGACGCCUUCUGCAACUCCGACAUCGUGAUCCGAGCCAAGGUGGUCGGGAAGAAGCUGGUGAAGGAGGGGCCCUUCGGCACCAUGGUCUACACCAUCAAGCAGAUGAAGAUGUACCGAGGCUUCACCAAGAUGCCGCAUGUGCAGUACAUCUACACGGAGGCAUCCGAGAGCCUCUGCGGCCUGAAGCUGGAGGUCAACAAGUACCAGUACCUGCUGACAGGCCGCGUCUAUGACGGCAAGAUGUACACGGGGCUCUGCAACUUCGUGGAGCGGUGGGACCAGCUCACCCUCUCGCAGCGCAAGGGGCUCAACUACCGCUACCACCUGGGCUGCAACUGCAAGAUAAAAUCCUGCUAUUACCUGCCUUGCUUUGUGACCUCCAAGAACGAGUGCUUGUGGACCGACAUGCUCUCCAACUUCGGCUACCCCGGCUACCAGUCCAAACACUAUGCCUGCAUCCGGCAGAAGGGUGGCUACUGCAGCUGGUACCGGGGCUGGGCGCCCCCGGACAAGAGCAUCAUCAACGCCACAGACCCCUGAGCCCGGCCCCGCCCACCACGCGCCCCUCCCUCCCCGCUGAGCUCCCCUCGGACACUAACUCUUCCCAGAUGAUGACAAUGAAAUUAGUGCCUGUUUUCUUGCAAAUUUAGCACUUGGGACACUUAAGGAGAAGUCUGUGCUGUCCAUGGAGUUGAUCUGGAGCUCUUCUCCUGGCCCCGCCCCCACCCUGCUCUCUUUGCUUUUGACAUCCCCUGUUUUCACCCUGGGGAUUUCUGGCGUCCUGCCGGAAAGAAUGAGGAAUGUAGAUGCCUCUUCCUUGUGAUAUAUAAUCUAUAUUUUUUUAGGAAAACAAAAAUCAAAAAAUCUACCCUCUUUGGCCACUGCAAACAGCUCCUCCUCUUCCUGUUUCCUGCUCCUCCUCUUCCUGUUUCCUGCUUGGUACCCCCGCCCCCAGCACAUAGAGGAUGCAGACAGGAAGUUGCUGAAGCCAACUGCUUCUGCUCAGUCUGGGCAGCCCACAGCUAGACUCCAGGUAGGCCUAAGAGCUUGUGUCCGGAGGAGACGCUGCUGCACGUCCCCAGAGGGCCUGUCUGUGUCUGCCUGCUCUUCAGCGCAGGGAGGGAAGGAGCAGGCUGCAGGAGAGGGUCGACAGGGUGCAGCACGGUCCCCAGCCGGGACGCUGGGCUGCCGGGCUGUUUCUGAGUCUGGAGUGAGCUCAGGCCGGAAUCAGUGCUGGCUUGGGUAGUCAAGACAGAAACAUCUGUCCGAGGCCGGGCAGCAGCCUGCCUUGUGCAGCUAAGGUGAGAGGUUGAGAUGAGUAUCUUUCUUCUCCGCCUCCCUCGCAUAAGAGCCCUCUGCCACACGGAGGGAGAGGGAGGCUCACCCGGCAACAGCUGCUUCUGUGUGAACGGGAGCGACACACACCAGGCACCGCCCACAGACACAGGCAGGUGGUCUGGGCUGGGGGCGCUUUUCAGAGGUAGUGUGUAGCUCACAGGGGACGCGUCUGCAUCCACACCUGCAUACACCCACGUGCGGGAGGACAUAAGCUAGUUUUCUACAGGACACAGAAUUCUAUUCAAUGCUGUUAAAUAUACCAAUAGUUUCAUCUCUUCUAUUUUGUUGCUGUUGCUUGUUGGGAGAAAACCAUGACAUUCCAAGUUGAUUUUUUUUCUUUUUCAUUAAAAACUGAGGUUCUGAAUACCCUUGGCACCCUCUCUUCCCUCCACCUGGGGUCCCCCGACUUCCCUUUUUCUCCUGCUUCACCUUUGGGGGCCUUCACUUAACUGCCUUACUGGCUUGGCGGAUGGCAGGUGACAGCUACUUCGCACAGGUGGGACAGCCCCGUGUCCUGCCCCGGCUGGAAGGCCACCCCUCUCUCCCGGGUUUGGGGACAGCUUGCUCCCUUCCUUAUGUCUCCGGUUGGUGAUGCCACCCCCUGAGGUCCUCACCCCGUGGAGUGACAAGGGGUGGUCACUUGUGGUCACUCGGGAGGCCUGACUCUGCAAUCAACUGUAGGACUUUGUUGUGUUUUUUUUUUUUUUUAAAUAAAACUAUAAUAUAAAUCCUCCUAUUAAAUAAAAUUAUUUUAAGUUUUAGCGUCACAGUGAGAUGCUGAGAAUGGCAGUGUACGUGUUACAGAGCUGGGACGACAGCACGGUGACGUUUAACACCACUGCUCUCUGGCUCUUUUCUCAGAUUUUGGGUACUUAUCCUCUAUUAGUGUGCAGGUCUUCAGUUCAUUCUACUUUAGGAAACAGCUGUCAACAGAAGUAAUAGAAAAAAAGACAGACAAGUCACACAUACACGCGCACAUCCAGGCUGGGGACAGCAUGGUGUCCAGGUUUCUCAGGACUGGUCCCAGGACCUGCUCACUUCCCUGUGGUCUGCACUGGGCCAGGGGAGGGAGAGGUGUGGCCUCUGUGGGUGGUGGAAGCAGAAAGAGCUCGGGUCUGCACCCCAGGAGUUUAGGGGUGAGCCCUAGACCUGAUGUUUGGGAUUGUCUUUAUUUCAACCCCCAAGUCCACACAACGGAGCUCCGUCCACACAAGUGCCGUCCCUCCAUGGGCGUCGGCAUCUCUACUGUGAGGCACCUGGCCAUUCCUGGCCCAGGACCGUCCCCCACUCACACAGUAAGGCACUUGAGGUGAGGCCUGGGCACAAGGUGCCUAAAGUUUCCAAACUGCAGAGUAAUACACCAGCAGAACUGUAGCCCCAACUGUCAGGCCCUGCGGGGAGGUCCCGGGCACUGAGGGUCUUUUGCAAAAUGAUGCGUCAGAGGGCAGGUUUUGGCUUUCUAUAAGCUAUAGCUUUGUUUAUUUCACCUGUUCACUUACUGUAUAAUUUAAAAUCAUUUAUGUAGCCGAGACACUUCUGUAUUGCAAUCAUAUCAUGAAUGUUUUAUUUUGCUAAAUCUUGUGUCAUGUGUAGCCUGUAAUAUGUGUACAUUGUGUCUAAGAGAAAAAAAAGUGAUAUCCACAUGCUGCCAUUUUCCUGAAUCAAAUUCUACAGUGGAAUGGAGGGUGAAAGACUUCUUCCUGGGCAGGCAGCGAGACUGGCAAGUCGGGGAACUGGAAGGAAUAGAGACCCUUCUGGCCUUCUCCCUAUCCGAGUUCCAGGUGUUCCCCCCAUAGAAAGGAGAGCGGAAAAACUCAGCAUGCUCAUGUCCUCAUCCUCUAUCAGCUGGCCUGGCACAUGGGAUACCUGCCCCCUCUUCUGCUUCCCAAGUCCUUCCUUCCACUUGAUUAGGAAGCCAGGAUUUCUCCUGAAAAGUCCCGGGCCAUGAGAACUGUGAUUCCAAGUUCUCUUUGCUUCCUCCAGGCAUCUCUGCUGCCUCCAAUCAAGGAAGCCACGCGCCCGGGCUCUUGUCUCUCGGGCCAGUGGUCUGUGAGGCCAGGAGGUGAUGUUGAGGCCCUGUGCCUCACCAUCCCCAGCCCCAGGUAGGCCUUGUGAUGACAGUGAUAGCCCAUAACCAGCAUUCUUCAUACCAUGGUUCUUGAGCAAUAAAAGAGACCAAUAACUUUGAGUAGCUCUUCUGGGAGGUCCUGUGGCUCCAGGGGACACCCCGCCCCACCCUUCCCUCACCCUUCCCUUUCAGCUUGUGCAUGGUGAUCAGCAGUGCAGGUUGCCCAUGAUGGCACUUGAAUGUCUGGCUCCUGGCUACCGAAAGCAAAAAUAUCGCUAGAGUAUUCGCAUCAGAGAGGAGCGGCAUCAAAGCCUAAUGGCGGGAGCACAACAACCGCGGUCACAUAGUGGGGUGGGGUCGGCCACUUUGCAAGGGGCUCUCUGUGGGGGAGAGAAGGGAGGCGCUCGGUGAUGUCCACGUGUUGGGGGAGGGCUCCCAGAGUUCCCGGGCCACCUCUCUCUCCAGCCAGUCCACAGUGCCAGAACCCAGAAGCGACGGAGAGAAACCAACCAGAGAAACCCUGUCUAGAAGGAAUGUAUUUGUUGCUAAAUUUUGUAGCACUGUUUACAGUUUUCCUCCAUGUUAUUUAUGAAUUUUAUAUUCCGUGAAUGUACAUUGUCUUGUAAUGUCGCAUAGUGUUCACUUUUUAUAGUGUGUCUUCUAUUCUAAACAGUAAAGUGGUUUUAUUUCUAUCACA